AUGGACUCAGAAUAUAGGAUAAUAUUGAAUGUUGGAGGUGUUAGGCAUGAAACAUAUAAACACACAUUGAAGAAGAUUCCAGCUACAAGACUUUCCCGCUUGACCACAAAUCUAGCGAAUUACGAUCCUGUACUGAAUGAGUACUUUUUCGAUCGACAUCCAGGCGUAUUCUCGCAAAUUCUGAAUUAUUAUCGUACUGGGAAACUUCACUACCCGUUAGAUGUUUGCGGUCCAUUAUUUGAGGAAGAGUUGAAGUACUGGGGCCUAGACUCGAAUGAAUGCGAACCUUGUUGUUGGAUGACGUUAUCAGGGACGCGAGACACCCAAGAAGUGUUGAAAACGCUGGAUGAGCUGGAUAUCGAAGUUGAUAAUGCUGAUGGACCGGAGCUUUAUCAGCGAUUUGGUUGGGAAGAUGAUUAUCAUAAUGACAGCUUGAGCAGCUGGCAAAGGUUGAAACCGAAAAUAUGGCGACUAUUUGAUGAACCGGGCUCGUCUAAAGCGGCUAAGGUCAUUGCAAUAAUUUCCGUAUUCUUUCUAAUCACUGCAAUAUUGGUAUUUUGUUUGAAAACUCAUCCGGGUCUACGUAUAUCGGAAAUCUCGCCAAUGGGUAACCUAUCACGAGAAGCACGGUCAGCCAGUCACUUUAAGUACAGGCCAGCUGGACUUACCGUGGAUAAAACCAAUUCUAAAGCUCAUCCGGGCUUUAUGAUGGUAGAAACAUUAUGCAAUAUAUGGUUUACAAUUGAAAUAUUGAUACGAUUCACAUGUUGCCCGUCCCGCAUGGAGUACUUGAAGGCUCCAGUAAAUUUGAUAGAUAUUGUUGCUACGGUUACAUUUUAUAUGGAUGUAUUAUUUAAUACUUUUGGUGCCUCAGCGGAUCUCGAAUUCUUCUCGAUUAUUAGAAUUAUGCGAUUAUUCAAGCUCACUCAUCAUAAUAGCGGGUUAAAAAUUCUUAUGCACACAUUCAGAGCUUCUGCAAAAGAGCUUAUGCUUCUUGUAUUUUUCCUCGUUUUGGGUGUCGUCGUAUUCGCAUCAUUGGUAUAUUAUGCAGAACGAGUGGAGCCAAAUCCUGACAACCAGUUUCAAAGCAUACCGAUUGGAUUGUGGUGGGCAAUAGUCACCAUGACUACCAUUGGUUACGGUGAUAUUACUCCUCACACAUAUCUUGGAAGGUUGAUUGGUUCAAUUUGUGCUCUCACUGGUGUGCUUACGAUAGCUCUGCCAGUACCAGUUAUUGUCUCCAAUUUUGCCAUGUUCUAUUCGCAUACGCAAGCACGAUCAAAAAUGCCAAAAAAGAGGAGAGGUGCACUUUCUGUAGAUCAGAUAAAGCAACAUCCACAAAUCCAUCAUCGAAGCAAUGGACCACGACGACAUGGCGGUGGUGGCGGCGAACAUACUCCUCUCGUUUCCUCUAUCAACAAUCAUGCUCCUCCACCUCAUACUAUGAUUUGA